AUGUCAGCCCCCGCCAGUUUGGACUUCGCGGCAGUGGAAAGUUUCCUAGACAGGCACCCGGAGCUGGUAGAGAAGUGGCUGAAGAGGAGAAAGUCUCCCCUCGGCAAAGCGGAUCCCGCUUCUGGUGGCGGCGGGGCAGAAGGGCGCCCGAACAGCCGUGCCAACGGCGCCGCCUCGCCUGGGGGCGGCUCUCCCGGCGGCCGGGGUGCAGGCCAAGCGGGCCUGGAGGCGGCGGCCGGCGGGCUGCAGCGGCGGGCGUCGCAGAAGGAGCUGAGGAAAAGUUUCGCGCGCUCCAAGGCCAUCCACGUGAACCUGACCUACGACGAGCACGUCCAUGCCCGGGCUCAGGAGCCGCUGAGCAGCGCCAGGCGGCGGGCGCUGCUGAGGAAGGCCAGCUCGCUGCCGCCCACCACGGCGCACAUCCUCAGCGCGCUGCUGGAGUCGCGGGUCAACCUCCCCCAGUACCCGCCCACCGCCCUGGACUACAAGCGCCACCUCAAGGAGCACAACGAGCGGCAGUUUUUCUUGGAGCUCGUUAAGGACAUCUCCAACGACUUGGACCUGGGCGCCCUCAGCUACAAGAUCCUCAUCUUCGUCUGCCUCAUGGUGGACGCCGACCGGGGUUCCCUUUUCCUGGUGGAAGGCGCAGGCGGCGGCGGCGGCAAGAAGAGCCUGGUCUCCAAGGUCUUCGACGUGCACGCCGGCACCCCCUUGCUGCCUUGCUACAGCACCGAGAACUCGAACGAGGUGCAGGUGCCCUGGGGCAAAGGCAUCAUCGGCUACGUGGCCGAGCACGGCGAGACCGUCAACAUCGCCGACGCGUACCAGGAUCGUCGCUUUAAUGAUGAGAUUGACAAACUGACAGGAUACAAGACCAAGUCGUUGCUUUGUAUGCCCAUAAGAAACAGUGAGGAUGAGAUUAUUGGUGUUGCACAAGCGAUAAAUAAAACUCCUGGAGGUGCUCCUUUCACUGAUGAUGAUGAAAAAGUAAUGGAAAUGUAUCUUCCAUUUUGUGGGAUUGCUAUAUCUAAUGCUCAGCUGUUUGCUGCUUCCAGGAAGGAAUACGAGAGAAGCAGAGCCUUGCUGGAGGUAGUGAAUGAUCUCUUUGAAGAGCAGACAGACUUAGAGAAAAUUGUGAAGAAAAUUAUGCAUCGAGCCCAAACUCUUCUGAAGUGUGAACGCUGCUCAGUAUUGCUUCUUGAAGACAUUGAAUCUCCGGUGGUGAAAUUUACCAAAUCGUUUGAGUUGAUGUCUCCAAAAUGCAGUGCAGAUACAGAGAAUAGUUUCAAAGACAGCUUGGAGAAACCAACCUCGUCUUAUUCCGACUGGCUAGUAAACAAUAGUAUUGCUGAACUCGUAGCUUCUACAGGCCUCCCAGUGAACAUCAGUGAUGCAUAUCAAGAUCCUCGCUUUGAUGCUGAAGCUGAGCAGAUUUCUGGCUUUCAUAUAAGGUCUGUCCUCUGUGUACCUAUAUGGAACAGCAGUCACCAAAUAAUUGGGGUAGCUCAAGUAUUAAAUAGGCUUGAUGGGAAACCUUUUGAUGAUGCUGAUCAGCGACUCUUUGAGGCUUUUGUUAUAUUUUGUGGCUUGGGCAUCAACAAUACUAUAAUGUAUGACCAAGUGAAUAAAUCGUGGGCAAAGCAAUCAGUGGCUCUUGAUGUGCUGUCUUACCACGCAACAUGCUCAAAGGCAGAAGUUGAGAAAUUUAAGGCAGCAAACAUCCCGCUUGUGUCAGAGCUUGGCAUAGAUAACAUCCAUUUUGAUGACUUCUCCCUCGACACGGAUGCCAUGAUAACUGCAGCACUCCGGAUGUUCAUGGAGCUUGGAAUGGUUCAGAAAUUUAAAAUUGACUAUGAGACGCUGUGUAGGUGGCUUUUGACAGUGAGGAAGAAUUACCGCAUGGUUCUGUAUCACAACUGGAGGCAUGCUUUCAACGUGUGCCAGCUCAUGUUUGCCAUGUUAACCACAGCAGGAUUUCAGGAGAUUCUGACAGAAACUGAAAUGUUAGCUUUGAUUGUGGGAUGCUUAUGUCAUGACCUUGACCACAGAGGAACAAACAAUGCCUUUCAAGCCAAGAGUGGAUCAGCUUUGGCUCAGCUGUACGGGACGUCUGCUACCUUGGAGCACCAUCAUUUUAACCAUGCUGUCAUGAUUCUUCAGAGUGAGGGUCACAACAUCUUUGCUAACUUGUCCUCCAAGGAUUACAGUGACCUUAUGCAGCUUCUGAAGAAGUCGAUAUUGGCAACAGACCUCACUCUUUAUUUUGAGAAGAGGAAUGAGUUUUUUGAACUUGUCAACAAGGGUGACUACAAUUGGACAGUUAAAAGUCAGCGAGAGAUAUUCCGAUCAAUGCUAAUGACAGCCUGUGACCUUGGAGCAGCGACCAAACCGUGGGAGAUUUCAAGACAGGUAGCUGAACUGGUAACAAGUGAGUUCUUUGAACAAGGAGACAGAGAACGAUCUGAGCUCAAACUCACACCUUCGGCUAUUUUUGAUCGGAACAGGAAAGAUGAACUGCCACGAUUGCAGCUGGAAUGGAUUGAUAGCAUCUGCAUGCCUCUCUAUCAGGUUUUAGUGAAACUGAAUGGAAAAUUGAAGCCAAUGCUGGAUUCGGUGGUGGCCAAUAGAAAUAAGUGGGAGGAACUGCACCAAAAAAGACUGCUUUCCCAGGCAGCACCAACAUCCUCUUCCUCUUCUUCCAAGUGCUCCAUGUCUCUGGAGGACAUAAAUUAAAAAUGCAAGUGCUUCCUGCUGCUUGGAUAAAAAGUGUCUGAAAG